AUGAUCAAGAGCGGUAUUGAAGAUUACUUGAGACAUCGUCAAGAUGUCAAGCGAAACAAGAGUCCUGUUUCAAUUUAUCGUUUUGGCGAAUGGACAGUUGAAGAAUCAUCGAAAAUACAUGUCGGAGACAUUGUAAUGAUCAAAUCAGGUGAUACUGUACCAUGUGAUAUGAUCUAUUUGACAUCUUCGAACCCGAAUAAAACGACAAACUACAGUGAGACUAGUCUUAAUGGAGAAUCGGCGAUCAAAAUGAUGAGCCAGCACCCAGCCUUCAAAGACCUUGAUAUCCCUAUGGCCUUCUUCCGUAAGCAAUAUUCUGUUCAUGCUGGUCCUCCCGAUGCAAACCUGUACAAAUUCGAUGCAAAGCUUGUCUGCGAGAACGAAAAGUGGGUAUAUCAAUACAGAACAUACUUCUAA